AUGACGCAGCAAAUAAUGCCGUCGCCAAAUCGCAGAUUUGAAGACAACGGCGAUAGUGACAGCGACUAUCAGGAUGAUGACGAUGUCAGGGUCGGGUCCGUCUACGUCCCGGAAACUGAUGAGGUUCGUAUCACGUUCGACGAUAUCAUAAAUCGUGCGAGGGCGAAGACCCUCAAUGUAUCGACACAGCCGUAUCGGGAAGAGUUUUUGACUAAAUAUGGUGACAUAUUAGAGAAGAAGACGAGGGACUCAGGCCAGACAAUUCUUCACAUGUGUGCAGGAGUGCCUGGAGUCAAUUCCCUGCCUCGCUGUCUCCUCAAAUGGAAUGGCUCAUUGCUCAACGUUCGGGAUGAAGCAGAUAAAACCGCCUUGCAUAUUGCCAUUUCUAAGAAAAAUACUGGCUUUGUCAAUGUUGUCCCCAAGGCGAUCCAAGAUCUGGAUCCAUUCCUUGCCAUGACAUAUCAUCACAAGCAAAACUGCAUCCACAUGGCAAUAUAUCAUAAUCUUGAAGCUGAACAGACUAUCAAGCUUAUUGACGAAGCGUCUGAGGGGACACUGAGCGCCACAGACCAGAACGGCUUGACACCUCUUCACAUGGCGGUCGACUACAAGGAUGCAUCCGAAUCACGCUUGAGGAUCGUCCAAGCCCUUCUUCGGCGUGGAAAUACUGCUUUGAAUGUACAUACUCAGGAGCCAAAGGGGCUUUCUGUGUAUCAAUACCACGAAUUCACCAAAAAACAAUGGCUCGACAAGGUUUCUGCCGGUCAGCAAUUAGAAGGGAAACGGCACAAUGAACCAGGGCUUGAGUUGCAAGACCACAGAUUGAACCGUCUGAGAGACAAAGGGUCUGGUCACGCCGAUCUAUACAACCAAGGCGUUGGUGGCCACAAAGGAAGCUCGACAGGUCUCCACCCAACAGAUUUCGAAAUAAUUGAUAGACCGUUGGGCAUGGAGACUGAUCAGGGGCACAUACCAUCCGGUGAGAGUUCUCGAGGAGAGGACGAGUUCAGACUGCAGAGGAGGUCUACGGCAGGGCAUGUUGACCAGCCAGUAGAGAAGGCCAUGAGAAGGCCACAGAAGGAGGGGCAGAGACCUGACUAUGCAAAGAAGAUACAACAAGAAGUUAUGCUUCAUUACCUACGUACAACUAUGAACACUGGCAAUACAGCCCAGCAUCUCACUACCAGGGACCAAAGGAAGGCUGUGAGGUUUCUUUAUGGCCACAACUUGGAAAAUAUCAAUUUGUGUUUUAACUACUCCCAGGGUCCAACAGAUAUCUCCGAGGAGUCAUUUACUCAGAGCUAUAAUCACAUUAACUUCAGCCCUUUCCUACGCUAUGUCUCAUUCCGUAGGAUCAAGCUUCAAAGACCAACCCCUCGAACCAGAACCCCAAGGCUGGCCAAUAUGAGAUCUCAAAAGUCCAACACUGGUCGAGGUAUAACUGAUUUAACUGUACUAUUCAGCUGGCUCAGACGCAAAAACGUUGAGCGGAUCCUUAAGGUUAUUGUGGACGACUUGGAAGACCCGCCACAUAGCGACAAGGCAAUUGAGGAAUGCCUGACCAACUUUCACGUUGAGAUCUUAGAUUGGCGCAAGGUUGAUAUUUGUCCCGAAACUAUAUUCACCGCCUGUCCCAAUGUGCGACAGCUAUAUCUCAGAUGGAGUGGUAAUAGAGCGGUCUUGAGAGCCUGGGGAGAGCUGGAUGGACUUGCCAGGCUUGCGAAUCUGGAAGAAGUACACAUCGUAUGGGACAACGAGCAGGCAUUGGAGUCGGAUGACCGUAUCAAGAUUUACCUACGUGAUUUCGAAGCACGAUUAGCUAAGGCGGUAGCCCCGAGUAAGGAUGGUACAUCAGAGUCUACCAACCCAGACGCCAACAGCCCAAAUGUGAACGACCCAAAGGUCGGCAAGAAAAAAGCCAAGAAAAAGUCCGACGAGAAAGCAUCUGAAGAACCAAGAAUCAUUCUUGUCAGCGCAUGCAAGGCAGAUACGCCUGGCAGGGAGCGACUCAUCCAGCAAGGCGCUUCUGCAAAUAGCCAAAACCGUACUAAUGACAUGAAUGAGCAGUCUAACAAAUGGCUCAACUGCAUGGACAGCUUCGCAGACGAGAUUCAGAAUAUACGCCCCGAGCUUACCAAAUCGGUACAAGACAUCAAAGUGGCUCUGAUAGACGAUGGAGUAGAUCCUCACGUCGAGUCUCUGAGGGGUAAGAUCCACGGCGGAGAAUCAUUUGAUACCGCGAGUGAGAACGGACCAAGCCCCUACUACACAUCUGUCAGGGGUCACGGCACAGUCAUGGCGGAUAUGAUCUGCAGAGUGUGUCCAAUGGCCAAGCUUUUUGUAUACAAGCUCGAGACACACUCGAGUCUUAUUUCUACCACAAACAUCCGGGGCCAGGAACAAAUUGCUGCGGAGACCGCGGCUUUGGCUGUCAGGGCAGCGAUAAACCAGAAAGUAGACAUCAUCUCCAUGUCAUGGACAGUCAGAGAUACCGAACAUAACCGUGAAGCCAUCAACAGUCUUCGUGAUGCUACCAAGGACGCCCUCAACGCGGGUAUACUUCUCUUCUGCGCUGCCGCUGAUACAGGUGCUAUUGGUGAAACCGAAUACCCGUGGUCUUAUGACCAGAAUCGGAUCUUCCGCAUAGGCGCUGCAACUGCGGAUGGCCGAGCAUGGAGUCGGACUGGCGACCCACACAAUCUGACAUUCAUGGUGCCCGGCCACCGGGUGGUAUCGCGAAACCCCCACCGAGAGGGAGCCUUGCCAGACGAUUUCCAGGAAAGGACUGGCUCAUCUGUGGCCACGGCCUUGGCAGCUGGUCUAGCGGCUGUUGUUCUGUAUUGUGUGCGCCUCGGGGCUUCACAUGCCGAGAAGGAAACAAGCCAACGUGGAAGAUCAACGACAGCUGUUAGCUACCAAGAUUUGGAGCGGCUCAAGAUACAAAAGAACAUGCGCAGAGUGCUGUGUUCGAUCGGUCUCGAUGAUACCCAGCAACGUUUUAUUGAAGUAUGGCGACGCUUUGAGAGUCCAGCUCAGGAGUUAAAGAAGCCUGGCGUGAAUAGUUCAGAUAGAGCCAUGGAUAUAGUGGCUACGUUAGCCAGGGAUCUUGUUUCCGGUAUGCCUGCGGGGGGGUAA